AUGUGGGAAGCACAUAAAAGCGUGCUACGCGGAGCCUUAAUUAAACAUAAAGCAUUACUUAAUAAACAAUAUCGACUAAAACAUAGCGAGUUGUUGUCCAAGCUGGGCUCUCUGGAGGCUAAACACAAAUCUGACCCCUCAUGUAACAACACAAAGACCCAGUUAAAUGACGUAAGACUAGAACUCAAAAAUAAUUUGGACGAAUCUCAUCAAAAGAAAGCUCUAUAUCUGAAACAGUAUUAUUAUGUUGGUUGGAACAAGCCAGGUUUGACCGGUGCUCAGCGAGAUCCACAGGCUAUGACAGCUGCUGAGAUGAGGAGCAGAAGACAAUGGCUGGGGCAAAUCCUCCCGGCUCUGAUAACUUGUUGCAUUGGUCCUGCUACCAGUCAGAUCCGCUACUCCAUCCCUGAAGAACUUGACCAUGGAGCUUUUGUAGGGAACAUUGCAGAGGACUUGGGGCUGGACAUAUCAAAGCUUUCACCUAGGCGUUUUAGGAUAGCUUCUGGCACCAACAAACAGCACCUGGAGGUAAAUUUGGAAAAUGGAAUAUUGUUUGUGAAUGAAAAAAUAGAUAGGGAGGAAGUUUGUGAGUUCCAGUCUGUGUGCUCCCUGCACUUGCAGGUAGUGAUGGAAAACCCUUUGGAGCUCUAUAGGGUAGAGGUUGAGAUUUUGGAUAUCAAUGAUAAUGCACCCAGCUUUCCUUGGCAUGAUUAUGUACUGGAAGUGACAGAGUCAGCAGCUCCAGGUGCUCGCUUCCCCCUGGAGAGUGCCCAUGACCCAGAUGUGGGCACCAAUUCCUUGCGCACCUACAAACUGAGCCCUAAUGGUUAUUUUUCUCUAGAGGUUCAAAGCAGAAGCGAUGGCAGCAAAUUUGCAGAACUGGUUUUGGAGAGACCCCUGGACAGGGAGCAGCAAAAGACCCACAGGGUGCUUCUUACUGCCAUGGAUGGUGGGCUCCCUGAGAGGUCUGGUACAGCUUUGGUUACUAUAAGUGUCCUGGAUGCCAAUGAUAAUGUGCCCACAUUUGACCAGUCAUUUUACAGAGUGAGUCUACCUGAAAACGUCCCAAAGGGAACGCUUGUUAUAAAGCUAAAUGCCACUGAUUUAGAUGAGGGUACAAACGGGGAGAUCGAGUACUCAUUUAGUGGGCAUGCACCUCAGAAGGUAAGGGACCUGUUUAUGGUGGAACCACGCACUGGUCAAGUGCGGGUUAAAGGUAUACUGGACUAUGAGAAAUCUAAUCUUUAUGAGCUCUAUGUGCAAGCCAAAGACAGGGGGCCGUCGGCUGUUGCUGUGCACUGUAGAAUUUUAGUUAACCUGUUGGAUGUUAAUGAUAAUGCCCCAGAGGUAAUACUCACCUCAGUUUCCACACCAGUCAUGGAAGAUGCUCCCGCAGGGACUGUCAUUGCUGUCAUUAGUGUUAUGGAUCGUGACUCUGGGGACAAUGGGGAUGUAAAUUGUGAUAUUCCUAAAAACGUUCCCUUCCAACUACAUUCAUCUUACAAAAAUUACUACACUCUGGUGACCACCGAUGUGUUAGACAGGGAAGCUGUGCCUGAAUAUAACAUAACAAUCAGUGCUAGGGAUUUUGGAUCACCCCCCCUAAUGACUAAGAAAGUAAUAUCUGUUCAAGUGACAGAUAUCAAUGAUAAUAUACCCACUUUCUUACAGCCUUCCUAUACUAAGUAUGUGCCAGAAAACAAUCCCCCAGGGGCAUCUAUUUGCUCUGUAACUGCCCUAGACCCAGAUUGCAACCAAAAUGCCUACUUAUCCUAUUCAAUCAUGGACGGUCAGAUACAGGGAAUGCCAGUGUCCACCUAUGUGUCCAUUAAUUCGGACAGUGGGAAUAUUUAUGCACUACGCUCUUUUGAUUAUGAGCAGAUACGAAACUUUCAGAUUCGAGUCCAAGUGCAAGAUGCUGGUUUCCCUCCUUUGAGCAGCAAUGUUACAGUUAAUGUAUUUAUUCUUGAUCAGAAUGACAAUGCUCCUGUUAUUGUGUUCCCCUUGCCCAAGAAUGGCACUGUGGCCACUGAUGUCAUUCCCAGGUCUGCUGAUCCAGGCUACCUGGUGGGCAAAAUAGCAGCAAUGGACGCUGACUCUGGUCAAAACUCACGCCUUUCUUACCUAAUCUUACAAGCUACUGAUUCUACUUUAUUUAGUGUUGCAUUAUACACUGGGGAGCUAAGGACCAUGCGGGCAAUAGUGGACAAAGAUGCCACCAGGCACAGACUCCUCAUACAAGUCAAAGACAAUGGUCAACCACCCUUGUCCACAUCAGUCUCCAUUGUCCUUACAGUGGUGGACAGCUUACCUGAGACUCACUCGGAAUUUAAUGACCUGCCUUUAAAUUCAGAUCCUUCAACCUCUUCUCUGACCCUAUAUUUAAUAGUAUCCCUUGGCUCAGUGUCUUUUACAUUUCUGGUAGCUAUAAUUGUCCUUACUAUUGUUAAAUGUCACAAAGACAGAUUGUCCCUGCAGGAUUACAAGUGUUCUCUUCCUACUUGUUGCUGUAUAAAAUCUGGGUCUUCUGGAGGUGUCUUUAAAAACUCAAAUAUUAACCUACAAAUCUCCUCAGGGAAUAAAGUUCAGACUAAUUGUAUGGAUUCUACUGGAAGCGCUCCACAAAAUUACUGCUACAAAGUCUGCCUGACACCAGAAUCUGCAAAGAGUGAUUUCAUGUUUCUAAAACCAUAUAGCUCGAGUACCCAAAACAAUGAAAAAAAUCCUGAAAAAGUAGCACAAGGAAGAAGUGGGCAUAAUCCAGUUGCUGUAAACAAUGCAAACGAGAUCAAGCUUCCUAACACUGACUGGUCACCCCAAAAGGAACAAAAACCAAGCCUAAAAAGUUCUCAAAGUCUUGAAGACCUUGGAACUCGAAAAGGAGGGAAAAAAGACCAUGACAGGCUGCGCACACUAGUUUCCCCUGUUUCUGAUGUAAAAAAGACAACUACGACUACAACGUCAAAUGGAGUUUGGAGUCCCAAGUACGGUUUACCCUUCCAACAACACAUGCCAUCCCUUGACUAUCAACAUAAUGUUUACAUUCCGGGGACGCCAACGUUACAUGCCAAUAAACAGGGUGUCUACAUUGAACAAGAGGAGAAAAAUAGCUUUUCUACUUUUGGAAAGAAGAGGAAAAUGACAUCUUGCUGUGAUGUACAUGAUGACAUGAUAAUUAAUAAUGACUUGAAAUGA